ACGUGGAGCAUAAAAGCACGCCCGGGAAUCUGACCCGUCCCUAUCCACGACUCGCGGUGGCUUCCAGAGACCAGUGCUCGCUCGCGAAGCCGCAAUCGAUCUGAUCACGCUACACGUGUGCACUGGCUAGUGAGAUAGGCAUAGCGAGCAUGGGGUUGGGAGGCGGGAUGGCGUCGUCGGAGGGGCGGCGGAUCCUGGUGGCGGUGGACGAGGGCGACGAGAGCGUGCACGCGCUGCGGUGGUGCCUCAGCACCUUCGCCGCCGCCGCGCGCGGGGACACCGUCAUCCUGCUCUACGUCCGGCCGGCCCCGCCCACCUACUCCGUGCUCGACGCCUCCGCCGCUGUAGGCUACCUGUUCGCGGAGGAGGUGUCCGCCGCGAUCGACAGGUACAGCCGGGAGGUGGCGGACGCGGUGGUGGAGAAGGCGCAGAAGCUCUGCACGCUCUACAACAAGGAGAUGGGUGAGAAUAAUGACCAUGAGAUGAAGGUCGAGGUGAAGGUGGCCGUCGGGGACGCCAGGAGCAUCAUCUGCCAGAUGGCUGACAAGCUUGGGGCUGACAUUCUAGUCAUGGGGAGCCAUGGCUAUGGCUUCUUCAAGAGGGCUCUGCUUGGAAGUGUCAGUGAUUACUGCCUCAGGAACUCGACCUGUCCCGUUCUCAUCGUUAAGUCACAACACGAAUGAAGCUUUCCAUCACGGAUCGGAAAUAACGAUGCCCAAGCUCCUGUUUAGUACUCAUCUUUUCCGAUUUUUUUUUUCGUUUUGUUUACUGAUCGUGUACUCUGCCAGAGGAGAGACUUCUCAAGUGAUGACUCUGGACUUCAGCAAGCAACGUGUAUAUAUUGUACUA